AUGGCUCCAGCGGUGGUGGCAUCGAUGCCGGCUAUGAAGCCGCCAUCAAUCGGACAGAGGGCAAAGACGACAAAUAUCUAUGCCCAACCGUUCGCUCUGACGGAUCACUACAAAGCAGCACGUUCGACCAGCAAUGAGUCGAGCGCGGGAAGGAAAGAUGACUUUGUGCCCGAAUUGAACCUCGGCUUGGCCUGUCCGGAAUGCAAAGCAGAUCCUGCUAAUUUGGUGGAAGUAUUUGAUAGUGGAGAUAUGGUCUGUGCAGAUUGUGGAAUGGUGGUUGGCGAUAAGAUUAUCGAUACUCGAUCUGAAUGGCGUACAUUUGCCAAUGAAGAGGGAGAUGACCCAUCCCGUGUCGGUUCUUCGAAUAAUCCAUUGAUGGACGGCUUGACGGAACAAUUGGAUACCCGUAUCAGCUACAAAGAUGGAGGAUCGGGAGCAGCCAGAGAUUUACAACGUGCUAUGAACCGCGGCGUGGUGCCAUCGAAUCGUGUAAUCUUGGAUGCAUUCGAUGAUAUUCAAAGGAAGUGUGAUCAAGUUCAUUUGCCGCGGGUUGUCUCUGAUACUGCCAAGCAUAUGUUCAAACAGGUUGAACAAGAUCAAAUCUUGCGUGGUAAGCAACGUGAUGCAAUCAUUGCCGCUGCUAUUUAUUGUGCUUGUAAGACCAAUAAAGUUCCACGUACUUUCCGUGAAAUUUGUCAAUUGACAAAUGUCAGUCAAAAAUUGAUUGGAAAAUGUUUCAAAGAGAUGCAAUCUGCUUAUGGUCUCAACCUUCAUCGUGCACCUGAUGCUGGAGGUGCGAAUGGUAUUGAUGCCGAUUCUGCCGUUUCUCCUACCAAUGCAGUCGAUCUUGUCGGCCGUUUUUGCAAUCAUUUGGGCUUGGAUAUGAGCGUGACAAAAUGCACAGAAGAUGUGGCAGGAUUGUUACGUGACAAGGGUAUUUUAGCAGGCAGAAGUCCAAUCACAGUGGCAGCAACGUGUAUCUAUCUGAUCACACGAAUGCUUGGACAAGAUGUCAGUGCGAAAAAGAUCAGUGCAGCAGCCGGAGUAUCGGAUGUGACGAUCAAAGGAUCUUCGAGAACUCUGUCUUCUUUGCGCAACGAUUGGCUAACGCCUGCCAUUUUGGCAAAGUACCCAAAGUUUGACAUCAAUCGUUUGCCUUAA